CAGCGCCUGGUCACAAUGUGUACAUGUACGCGUACAUAAAACAUGCGUUGUACAACGCGUAGUUAGAGGUCAACUGACUCGCUGCCUUCCUUUUCUGAAUUGCACCGCGUGUGUGGAGGUCUCACAAGCUGGUCUCUGUAACAAAACAUCAUGCCUAGACAAGUAUGCAGUAAGACCAGUGUGACACCCAGGCGUCCCUUUGAGAAGGAACGCUUGGACCAAGAGUUGAAGCUCAUUGGUGAGUAUGGCCUUCGGAACAAGCGGGAAGUGUGGCGUGUCAAGUACACCUUGGCGAAGAUCAGAAAGGCUGCCCGUGACCUGCUAACCCGUGAGGACAAGGACCCCAAGAGACUCUUUGAAGGUAAUGCCCUUCUCCGUCGUUUGGUCCGCAUCGGUGUGCUAGACGAGAGUAAGAUGAAGCUUGAUUAUGUCUUGGGACUGCGUGUGGAGGAUUUCUUGGAACGCCGUCUUCAAACACAGGUCUUCAAAUCUGGUCUGGCUAAGAGCAUUCACCAUGCUCGCGUUCUCAUUCGCCAACGUCACAUCCGUGUCCGCAAGCAGGUGGUGAAUAUUCCAUCUUUCAUCGUUCGUCUGGACUCCCAGAAGCACAUUGACUUCUCCCUUAGGUCUCCACUGGGAGGGGGGCGGCCAGGUCGUGUGAAACGGAGGAAUAUGCGCAGGGCCCAGGGUGGGGCAGAUGCUGAUGGCGAGGAAGAUGAGGAUUAAUAAGCAUGCUUGAAAGGAAGGACCUGUGCCAACAGGGAAAUCAGAGUAGGAAUUUAUAUAAACACUUGUCGACACCUGUCUUUGGUGUUACAGAUGGACUCAUUUUUAUAGUUAACAGUUCCAGUUUCAUCCUGUUUCAAGUUGGAUGGGUGACCAUAUCACAGGAAUCAGUCUUUGCUCAUUGAUAAAAUGUAAUAUUCAAAUAUGAAACACAUCAUCAAAGCAAAUUACACAUAACUGUUGAAAACUAAUGUUCUACAAGCUGUUUCUGCUGUAAAGACAUGUUUGUCCUUACCAUGUACCACCAUUUUCCUUUCUGCCCAAGCUGAAUUGAAGGAUAUUAAAAGGCCUGACCUGUCGGGCUGAACUGAAAAUA